CGGAUAGGUCAUCGCCGGACAGCCGACACAAUAGUCAUUGACGGAAAGACUAUGCUGCAGUUGACCCCCGCCGGCUCGCACAUGUCCACCGGAGCCUGGAGGGAAGCAGGUCUAUGUUCCGGCGAGUGUUUUUGCGCGGUGAAGAACCCACGGCAAGCGUAUGCGGCCCGGCCCAGCCCAGACGCGAGACAAACAGCAAAGCAACGACGGUGCUCAUGCGUAUGGCGAACAUGGACAAGCAGGGGAGAGGAAAACAAACUAUUUGUAGUCGGCCGUUACGCAGAGUCUCGAUAAUUUUCGUUGAAUGAAUGGACUCUACAAGGCACCUUGAAGUCGCUCAGACUCUCCUGUAACAAAUCGUAUAUAGGAGUAGCAUAAGUGCAUAACCUUCGUUCGCCAGAGACUCCUCGUCGUCGCGCAUCAGGUGCGAACGGAUCUUCCCCUCUGCUCCCUCUUGACCCUAGCUCUGAAUCGCCGCCAUGGACGCCAGGCAGCCGUGCACCUGCGAGAAGAGCGAGUGCCUCCAGCGGUACUGCCGUUGCUUCGACCAAAAGCACUACUGCACCGAGGCCUGCUCCUGCUGCAAGUGCCACAACACCGAGGAGAACAAGGACGAGGUGGACGAGCACGCCGAAGGCAUCUCGAGCAAGAGGCCGGACGCAUUCAAGCCCAAGAUCGUCGCCGCCGCCGGCGGCGGCGAUGCGCCUGGAUCGCAGCAGCACGAGGUGAUGGUGCACGUCAAGGGAUGCAACUGCAACAAGGCUGAAUGCAGGAAGCUCUACUGCGAGUGCUUCAAGCACGACGUCAGGUGCACCGCCAAAUGCCAGUGCGUAGGGUGCACCAACAGGUUCAGAGUCAACGGCGAUUACGACAGUCCUGCUGGAACAUCCGACGGUUCCGACGCAACAUUAACCAGUUCGGAUGGAGCGUCGUCAGACGUCGAUGGCGUGCUUAAUGUGCCGGCAGGCCAAGCAGGCCUGGUUGACGGUUUACCGCUGGUCCCCAUCCCUGGCGACUGGAGUGACUGGUGUGCCAAUUUUGUUCCGCAGACUCGAGCCAUGGGUGGCGGUGGCCUGGAGGUCAUGUUCCAGCAUUCGAAAGACAAAGAUAACUUUCAGCACAAUGUUGAUCCCCAAAGACAUAAGGGGUUUGAGCAGGACGGUGGAUCGCUGUGUAAUGACGCAAACUCCAUGCUACGGCAGGAUCCAUCAACUUCUAACGCUUGCCGUCUCAACCACGAUGAUAACCAGAUUAACAUGUUCGGUGGUUCAGGUGCAACAUUUGCCGGUUUGGAUGAAGCGUUCUCAACCUUCGGCGACAUGCUUAAUGUGCCGGCUGACGAAGCAGGCAUGGUUGACUGUUUUUCGUCAAUCCCAGUCGCUGGAGAUUACAGUGGCAGCUAUGACGAUCUUGUUCCCUGGACUCGAGCCAUGGGUGGCAGCAGCCUGGAGGCCAUGUUCCAGCAUUUAAAAGACGGGUAUACCUUUCAGCGCGAUGCUGAUCCCCAAAGACAUCAGGGGUUUGCGCAGGACAAUGGAUCGCCGAGUAAUGGCCCAAACUCCGUGCUAUGGCAGGAUCCAUCAAACUCUGACGCUUGCCAUCUCAACCAUGAUGACCAAGAUAAGUAAGUUCGAUGGUUUUCGAUCGACUUGAGACUGUAGACCUCUCUGCAGAUGUUGUCUUUGAUCCACUCAAGUAUAGUGAUACUGAUACACCUCAUCUAGUUAGGAGAUUUUCUCAGUGUAGGACUUAAUCAUACUUUCAGAACGUGAUAUAUUGGUUAUGGUUAUUAUUUUCUGAAUCUUUUCUGUAGCAA